AUGGAGAGGGUCUGCCCAGAAUCUCAAGGUUUGGAAGAUGAUGACGAUGAUGAUGACAAUGAUGAUGAAUUCAGCUACUUCUACCACUCCACACGUCCUCCACUCCAGUGCAAGAGCUCUGACAGCUUGGGUGACAGUCAGGGGGAAGAUCUGGGAGAACCUAUCCCAUCUUCCCUAAAUCCCAGGCACUCUUACACGGUGAAAGCCAAAGGAGUGAAAAACAGAAUAUAUGCCAAGAGGUUGGCCAAGCAUGCAGUGGAGCUUGAGGAGGAAGCUCAGGAGUUUCAGGAACCAUUUUAUAAAGAUGUGGAAAUGCCUGGCAACUUGUCCGAAGAUGGGGACUGCAGCUGGACCUAUCACCUUCCUGUGCAUCAAAGGUCAUGUGUUCUCCAAACUGGCAGUGUGGCACCAUGUGGCUCCUAUAACUCUUUCCAGUAUAAUAGCAUGGGCAAGCACUUGGGGAUGGAUGCCUUUGCCCCAUGGGCUCAUGCCAGUGACCCUUAUCUGGGGUACUCUGAGCACACCAGGGGAGCAGAGCCUCACAUGCUGCAUGAGGAGGCCAUCGGGGACAGGGAGUUCCCAUCCCCACAGCUGACCCACGAUGUGCUCAGGGAGGAGAACACCAUACUCAGGAGGGUGGUCAGCAGCAUGCAGAGCUCCUUGGAGAGCCAGGCAUGCAGUGUGCAGAGGCUGCAGAGGCAGAUGAAGGCCAGCCUGGCCAAAGAGGAGAGGAAAGUCCAAGAGCUACAGUCCUUUGUCCAGCAGACUAAGUGGAGUCUCCAGCUAAUGACCCAGCGGGCUCUGGAGGCAGAAAGCAAUGUGGAGAAGCUGAAGCAGGAAAUCUCUGUUCUCCAGGGAGAGCUGGAGAGGUCCAAGGCGGAGAAUGAAAACCUGAGAGCAGGCCAAACGACUGACCUGGGGGCAGUGAAGCAGAACAUAGACUUUGCCUUGCAGAACCUCCACAAGAUAAUAACAGGCACAAACUGGUCCAUCAGACAGCUUGCCUCUGGAGCAGAGUCGCUGCAUUUUGUUGCUGAGGUCCUUGAAUCUACUGGCAAAAUUUCUGAAGUUGAAGAGGAGGAGGAGGAAGGGAAAAAGAAGAAGAGAAAGUGA